GAAUGUUCCGGGUCAGAAACUGGACGGGAGAGGAAAUAAACUCCGGGACGACACGGGAAAGAACCGACAAUGCUACCCUCCUCUUUACAUUGAGAUGUAGCCUGUGUUUUCUACGGCAAAAAAGAGCUGUUUUUUUUUAAAGCGGCGGGGGGCGCGUGGAGAGAAAAAAAAACAGGUGCCUACAAACUAACCAAAGUGAGACAACGACGGAGAGUCAUUCCCAUGGUCGCCGCAACCGAACAGACGGCAGCUCGGUAACGUUAUCAACAGCGCUUUGCUUGUGUUUGACGGUGAUUUUAGUGUAGGACUGUCCCGCCGUAGCAAUCUGUUGCAUCCCCUCCUCCUCCUCUUCCACCACCACCACAACCACCACCUCCUCCUCCUACUACUACUCGCUGGUUGUUUAUCGCCCGGGUACGAGAUUUCUCCCCCGUGAUGUUUCACUGUAUCCCCCUGUGGCGGUGCAACCGUCAUGUGGAGAUGAUCGAUAAACGCCACUGUUCCCUGCUGUAUGUGCCCGAUGAGAUCUACCGCUACGGACGGAGUUUGGAGGAGCUGUUGCUGGAUGCCAACCAACUCCGAGAUUUGCCCAAGCCAUUUUUCCAGCUGGUGAAACUAAGAAAACUCGGCCUGAGUGACAAUGAGAUCCAGAGACUUCCACCAGAAAUUGCCAACUUCAUGCAGCUGGUGGAACUAGAUGUUUCACGAAAUGAUAUUAUGGAAAUUCCAGAAAGCAUUUCAUACUGCAAAGCCCUCCAAGUGGCAGAUUUCAGUGGAAAUCCAUUAACAAGGUUACCGGAAAGCUUUCCAGAGCUGCGGAAUCUAACCUGCCUUUCCAUCAAUGAUAUUUCAUUGCAAGUUCUUCCAGAUAACAUUGGAAACCUUUCCAAUUUGGUUUCACUAGAACUCAGAGAAAACCUGCUGACAUUCCUACCAGAUUCGCUAUCACUGCUUCACAGACUAGAGGAACUCGACCUAGGCAAUAAUGAACUAUACAGUUUGCCAGAGACAAUAGGCUGUCUUGUCAGUUUAAAGGAUUUGUGGCUGGAUGGAAACCAGUUGGCUGAAAUACCUGCAGAGAUGGGCACUAUGAAAAGCCUAUUGUGUCUGGAUGUAUCAGAAAACAAAGUGGAGCGACUUCCAGCGGAGUUAGGAGGCCUGGUGUCACUCACUGACCUGCUGGUGUCUCAAAACUUCAUCGAUGCUCUACCAGAAAGCAUCGGAAAACUACGUAAACUAUCUAUAUUGAAAGCUGAUCAGAAUCGGCUUACUUAUCUUCCAGAGAGCAUUGGGAACUGUGAAUGUCUUACUGAACUCGUGCUCACAGAGAACCAGAUACAGAAUAUGCCAAGAAGUAUUGGGAAACUGAAGCGGCUUUCCAACUUUAACUGUGACAGAAACCAGCUAACAUCAUUACCUAAGGAGAUCGGCGGCUGCAGCGGUCUGAAUGUCUUCUGUGUACGAGAGAACAGACUGACGAGGAUACCGUCAGAGCUGUCCCAAGCCACAGAGCUGCAUGUGCUCGACGUUUCUGGAAAUAGGCUCGCCCACUUACCGUUGUCACUGACCACGCUACGACUGAAGGCCUUAUGGUUGUCAGAAAACCAGUCGCAGCCCCUCCUCACCUUCCAGACGGAUGAGGAUCCUGACUCAGGCGAGAAGGUGCUCACCUGCGUGCUGCUGCCUCAACAGCCAUGUGAAUCUAACAAUAAAGGUUCUGAUAAUCUUGCCCGUUGUGGAGCCCUGGAGAGCCUGGUGAACGACAUGGCAGACGACACGUGGGACAGCAAAGCCGUGAACAGGAUCAGUGCAAUUCACUUCCUGGAUGAUGAUGAGGAGGAGGAUGAUGACAAGGGAACACUUCUUCGACGGGCCACGCCUCACCCGGGUGAGCUGAAAACGAUGAAGAAAGCAGCCGAGAACCUCCGCAACGACCUGAACGCUGCCAAAGGCCUGGACUCCAACAAAAACGAGGUCAAUAACGCUGCAGACAGAGUGACCACGUCUGUGUGACCUUUUACCUCAGAAAUGUUUCUUACCUCCUGUGUCUCGCCAUGUCGUCCUGCACAACCCCGCAGCCCCCCCCCCCCCCCCCCCCUUUUUUUUAUUUUACCUACAAACCCCCGGUGUGGCCUACCCCCUCCUCUGAUAAAACCCUGGGACGCCUGUAACCUUACUGUGUAAAACGUGUGUGACUCAGUCUACCAGGGCCGCUGUGCCUUCCUGUUUUUAAUUCAUGUCCACGGCAAUAAUCUGCACAGAGAUGCUCCUUUUUAAAAGAUAUUUUAAAGAUUUAUUACUUUUUUUUUUAAAUGCCUCUUUUUAAAAACAUACAUUAGAUAGUUGCACUAUUAUAAGUCUUUAUAAUAUGGUCAAACCCUCUUAAAUGUAUUAUAUAUAUAUUUGUUCUAUAUCUAUUUUUAAAACACUGGGUGAAUAUUUCUUUCUACGUUUUGGGCAAACAUAAAAACAGGAGUUUUUGGACCUACUGAUUAAGGAUUAUUGUAUAGUCUCUUGUGAAUAUUGAUACUUUUAUACUUUUUUGGCAGCUCAGAUGUAAAUAAAAAUGUAUAGCAAAUUUCUUAA